GUUUAUUACCUUAGCCAACUUUCUUUUCUUACUGCGUUUUCUUCUUUCGUUUAUUAUUCUGUUUUUUUUUAUUCUUCCCUUUCUGUCCGUUUGACUCGGGAUCCUGCAGUGCGAGUUCUGCAACUUUCCGCCCUCGUUGCGGCUCGCUUUUUUACCAUUGUAUUUACUUCCAUCUUAUCUCAUUCCACUUCAUCUUCUUUUUCCAGUUACGCUGUAGGAUUCGUAUUCUUUUCCCUGCGCUUCUUGCGGCCGCAACCACCAUCGUUUCAAUCCUAUUCGUUCCCACUUUACCUACCGUAGCGUACCGUGGAAGUGCGUCACUUUGUUGUUGGCCCGAGCCGUGGUUGGAGAAACGCCACGCCAAACGGAUAGUGACAAGAAUACAAGACUCGGUUAUUUCACACGAAUUAUACAAAGACACACCGCGAUCCAGGCGUAUCAAACUCCUUGUUGCAGGAAAAAGCAGAUCGCUCUGUUGUGUUGCGCCAUUUCUCUUAUUUCUUACCUGCAUUAGAAUUGGCUUAGAUCAGUACGUUUAUAACGUACGCCCCAAUCCGACAUAGUCACAAUGCGUCGCGUUUCUGCAGACCUAUCCGACCCAUCUCGAAACAUCGAGGAAUCUGUAGGCACUCCGGACCCGUCAUCUCUGGACUGCGAUCUAGAUAUGGCUUUGAUGACGACAGAGGAGGAUAGCACCAGAAUAUAUACCCCACCUCCGCACAUUGCCGCACGUUUUUACCGGCCUACCCAAAAUCGUCGAAAAGAUUCGGCUGCCUCGUCGCGUCGAAACUCCAUCUCUUCUGCGCAGUCGCGGUCCUCUCAUGGUUUCGUUCAUAAUGUCGGUCCUCAGAGCAAGUAUAUUGCCCAGCAAAUGCGACGUGCUUCUAUCCUGGAGGAUCGGAAAGCGCGCUUGGCUGAUAGGGCCGCGCACGCCGAAAAGGUGCGCCUAAGAGCAGCACUUGCGAAGGCUGCCACCCAGAAGAGCUCCAAUAUUGAAGAGCGGGCGUUAGCUGCUGCUCAAGCCAGAGAAAAAAAUCUGGCUGAAAUUGUCGCAGCGUGCGCCGAAGAGGUAAAGCGGGCUAAGGCAGUGGCCGAAAGCAUGAAAGAAAAGAGGGAGCAGGAGUUGCGUAAACUUAAAGCUCAGAUGGAGGAGCGAUUAGCCGAGGCUGAAAAGAGGAGGGAAGAACUACGCAGUCGUCAUGCUGCUAGACGAUCUAGAGGUCAAAGUAUCAUGACUAAGAAGUCUGAUACCAGCAGUUUGCCAGAGGAGGACGAGCACGAAUCUUCAAGCAUGAGUGAUGUCGUUCUCAUGAGUGAGGAUGUUGCAGUGUCCAAGAUCCAAUGGUGGUGGAGAGGAGUGCUGAAGAGGAAGGCCGUGCACCAGUUCUCCGAGCUCGGUUUAAAUAUCGACAGCGUUCGGGAUACUUCUUUCGAGCAAGUGACUGAACUCCUUGCACAAGAGAAUGUUCUCGUACUUACGGCGAGAGUAUUGGGUAUAUGUGGCCUACAAGAGGGUGAGGUAGGGUCAGUGAAUGAGAUGACUGCUGUCCGAACCUUCUUGAGCGCCUUCUUGAUAUUAGGCCACCCUACCCAGGUUCUUAGCAAUAAGGACCACAGAGGAGAACAGGAGCAGGUUGGAUCCUCUCAAGGGCAACCCAUACCUCAUGAUGACCUGGCUAAUCCACAGUUACAGGAUCUCGUUGCCAAGGCGCGAGAUUUGCUCAUCUCGUUCGAGAAUAUACUAUCCCGACUGACGUCACUGAACAACUAUACGACUCCACCGGCGAUACAAGGAGCCUUGUCAGAAUCAUAUGCGACGUUUCACAAUGCCUUCAUAUCGUGGAAGGCCCGCGAUUCGAAUGCAUUAGUCGAAGUGAUGCUCUUGCAAUUCGUAGAACUUGACGCAAUCCUUCAAAGCGUCAAGGAUCGCACCGAAGAAGUUGUUGCCGAAUCAUACCGAGAAAGUAUCAAGGAAAAUCAACUCAUGUUGAUGGUUCGGAUCAAGAGACUCGCCGGUCCCGAGCAGGGAAAGAGAAUGAUAUUCGAGGCCGUCAAGCAGGCGAGGAAAGCUAGGGCCGCAAAGAAGCCUGCGGGUGACAUGAGACCAAGAGUUGCAGAACAUUCUUUAAGUAAUGGCAACUCGGCUGAAGACAAUGCAACAGCAGAGCGUGUUGUUUCGCAACUCCAGACCCUCACGCCGCCACCGACUCAACUAAGAGAGAAGGAGCUGAAGCAAAGUGUACUUCAACCAAGCUAUCCCCCGAUACUUCCGGAUAAUCGGAUUAUUGUUCAUGAAUUGGCCAUCAAUCGCGAGUAUCGUAUCGAGUACCAGCAUUUUCAAGAGCAGCACAAGCUUCGUCUAAUUCCUCUCUUCGACGAUUUGAAAGCCAACCCUGGGGACGAGGAGAAGGAGUUCCAUUACCUUAUUAUAAUGGCCAAUUACAUCCGGGAAAGACUUCAACAUCUGGUCCAGCCCGGCACGCCUAUGCAUACAUUCAUUGGCGAAAUGCUCGACACUGAAGUUGCACAGCGGCAAUUUUUAGCUGGUAGCUUUUCGUACCAGCAGUUCUUCUCGUCAAUUGGAUCUCUCCUUCCCAAGCUCUGCGCACCAGUUCGCGACGACGAAGUCAAGGACUUGGUGGAGAAUAAGCUUAGCCAAGGGGAUGUUGUCAAUCGUCUUGAAGCGCUACUGUCGUUCAUCGAUACUAUGCUCUACGACUACGCGAAUUACAUGUUGCAAGUCGUAGCACCAAGUCUCGUAGAGCACGCUUCCGUGUAUGAGACUAAAAGAUUUGCUGAGGACCUAGACAAUGGCAAUAUCACGUUAUCUCAUGCGGAAACUUCAUGGCGAAACGCACGUAAUAAGGUGCACGCGGAAGUGGCUCGCCGUGAUCCUGAGGGGAUCAAUCACCCACGCUCACGACCCACUCCGGACAAGAUAUACUGGCAAAUGUUGUUGGACGAGUUUACACAGCCAUCUCCAUUAGAUGACACUGUACCAGAGCCACUUGCUCUUGAUGUCAAACGCCGCGCACAUGUCGGCUGCCAGACUAUACGUAUCGUUACCGCUGGUGCCAUUCUCCUCCAAUGCAAGAACAUGCUCAAACGCGAUGUCCGGGCCCCUUGGAAGACAGAAGCCGGUCGCAUCUUUACGGUUCUUGAAUCCAUGGACGACGAUACGAAACCACUCCCCCAGUCUACAGCUAUUCACGGCAUCAUGGCAGCGCUAGAAGCUGGACGAUCGAUGCCUACUGCCACAAAGACACAUCUACAAGCCCUUGUAACCAAGGUGCUCACCGCUAGUAUAGAUGCGAGGCGCGAAAACACAGACCCGAGAGAGCCUGUGUUGAAAUUGCUCCUGACGCGAAUGAGGGGUCACAUCCUAGCUAGGAUACAAGCUGGUUCUGCAAGCGAGAAGGUCAAGGCGACCAGUACAGCCGGGGAGAAGCUCGCCAGUCUCGGAUUACCUGAAUUUGUAGAGAAGAUACGAGAUAUGGUUGAUGAAAUUGUUAGGGUGGGAGCCGUAGAUCGGGAAGCCCACGGAAUAUGGUGGGAAGAGGUCGCCGAGAAUGUGAGCAAGGAAGACUCUACUCCUAGUCCGGCGGCCGUAUAGUUUUAGGGGGCAUCAACGGUUGGGGAUUUCAUAAGUUUUCAACACUACUAAGACGUCGGGUACACAUCAUGAAGGGGUAUCGGUCAUCGACUCGGAUUCACGUAUCUGGGUUUCGGUUUAUUUCUGGGACAGGGCGUUCUUUCAGGUUGGCAUUUCACAUUUGCGGGGACGAAGGAUGGGUUGUACUUUUUGGAACAGGCUGGAUGCCGCGUUUGGAGGGAUACCUUUUGCAUCAGCGCAUAUUCGAGUUCGUUGUGGUUGCUUAGUAUUGCUUGGAAGUUAGCUAUCGUAUACAUACAGGUCUAGCUGAUCUGGGAGAAUAGAUGCUACAGCAGCGAACAGUUUUCAUGGGACGCACACAAUCAAUUCAGAACGCAAGAUAUACGCAAUAAUGCCUCCAGUGCCUCCUAUAUUUGUGGCUAUUCGCAACCGUGGUUCUAUAGAGACUUGUAUGAGGUAGGUAUCUAGGUACCUACUGUGUGGCGUUAACAACCGACCUGGCACCUGGGAAGCAGCUGUCCCAAUUUUUCAUUAAGCAUCCGAUCACGUGAUAGCGAGACGGCGGGGCAAACGCGAGGCGCCACAGCGCGUCUUACACUUCAAGGUUCUUUCUUAUCCCAAGCUCAGGCAGCAUCGUCUCAGAUACUAG